UGCGCGAAUGCAAACACUUGACAAUUCCGGAGCCAAGACAGCGACUGCAACAGCCGAGCUUCUCGAACGACAGAAUAUCAACAUCAAACCCCAUGGGAAACACCUAACAAUAUCUGUACAUUUGAAGCACUCAGAGAACCACAAAAAGGGCGGAUAUACGGUGCAGCAACAUUUUUAUGGCAAGUCUUCUAGGUUAUGGCGAUUGCAUCAUCCAGCUGCAGUGCAGGCUGAGGCUUUCCACGCGAUGAUGGAGAAUGGAAUGGUUACCGUGCGCUUCAUCGCGUGAAGAUGCGAUCCUACCUGCAUAUUGCGACAUGUGAUUACUUCGAAUUUGU